GAUGAGAGUGAAUAUGGGUUGUGGGAAUCGUUUUCUGCCCCUGAUUGGAUUUGGAUUCUAGCCAUGGCGUGGCCUUCCAACCUCAGUGAAACCGUCAGCCCUGGUCAUUUUUGUGUCCACAAGUGGUGUGUUUGUGGAGGAGCGCCCAGCUCUUAUCAAGUCAACCUCAAUCCCCUCCUCGAUGAACAAUAUCAACAAUAUCAAGAGUAACAACAGUAACAACAAUAACAGCCACCUCGACACGUCAUUCCAGGUGUAUUGAAUGCAUCAUCACCCACAUCACAGUCAGACGAGCUCCCCUCCUCCCCCCCAAGCGCCUCCGCCCCAAUCGGCGCCAUUCCAUCCCCGAUCGUCGUUAAGGCGGGUCGGGUCCAAGAUGAUGAAGAACUCGCCUCUGUUCAUCCGGAAGUUCAAGCGCCACAGCGAGCGCAAGUCCUCGUCCUCCCAGGAUCACGAUGCCGAGCCCAUCAGCGAUGACGAGGACGGGGAGGACGCCAUCAUGCCGCCCUCCAAUAGCGGCACGCCCAGCCGGAGUCCGUCCUUUCGGAGCCAAACCGGGGGCUCGCUGGGCUCACGGAGUCGGAGUGGCAGUUGUUCCAAUGGCGUGGUGGGGCCCAUAAAUUUAGCUGUCCCCCGGGAUUCGCAGAGUUUCGAGUUGCGCCGCACCUUGGACAACUUGAACGAUGUGGGACAGUUACGGGUGCGGCUGGUCCGGGCGGAAGGGUUAUAUGCCGCGGAUUUCGGGGGGAAAAGCGACCCGUUCGCCGUGAUUCGGUUGGGUCAGGGGAGCAAAUACGAGUCCAAGACUAUUCCCAAGACCCUCAAUCCGGAGUGGAAUGAGGAGUACUUCUUUAAUGUCACGGAUAUCAGUGAUAUGCUGUACGUGCGGAUCUAUGAUCGGGAUCGAUUCCAUGAUCCGGAAUAUCUGGGCGGGGUAGUGAUUCCGCUCCUGAAGAUCCCUCGCAGUCCGUUGGAGCAAGUGUUUGCCCUCAAGGAUAAAAAGUUCGAUAAGAGAGCCCGGGGUAAUCAUCCCCGAGUUACUUUGCGAUUUGAAAUUCAAUGGAAUAAGGUCAGGGCCGCCGUGAAAGCCAUCGAGGAUCACGAGGUCACGCCGCAAGAUCCAUUCAGUCGGCUGUUAUUCGUGGCCAAUGUGCAACGAUUGCGGAAGGUGCUUAAUUUCUGUGAGCGGGUCAAUGACUUCUUGACCAGUUGCUUCGAAUGGGAAAAUCCGUGGCGAAGUGUCAAGGCCUUCCUAUUCUUUGAGUUCAUGGCUUACUUCUUCGAGCCGUACCUGUUGCCCAUAAUCAUUCUGGUGUUUGUCUUCGCUUAUCCCAUCUAUGCCGAUGAUGCCAUGCUCGAGGAAUGGUUCGAUUCCCGCGAUGCACUUAGUACCCCAACGGGCGAGGAACCGGAUUCGGAUGACGAGAAAGAGGGCAACAAAACCAUAGCGGAGAAGCUGAAAACCGUGCAAGAAGUCUCGGCCUUUGUCCAGAACAACCUGGGCCUUCUGGCCUCAACGGCUGAGCGUCUCAAGAACCUCAUGAAUUUCUCCGUUCCUUAUUUCUCAUGGACAGCCGUGGCCUUCCUGGUUUUCUCGGCUAUCGUCUUCUACAUGUUUCCCCUGAGAGUUUUAGUCAUGCUGUGGGGCGUCAACAAGUUUUCAAAAAAGCUCAUCAAUCCGAAUUACGAGACGAGUAGCGAGUUUGUCAGCUUUUUAGCCCGGGUGCCCGAUGACCCAACUCUGCAUAAGAGUAAGAUCCUCUCCAUUUAUGACCCAGUUCUAUUGAAGAUCGAAGAGGAGGAACGCACCAAGAAGAAGGUCGUGUCCAACCUGGCUAAACGCGUGUCGUCUCUCUUCACCAAAAGCGAACCCACCAGCAAUCCUUUGAAGCAACAAGCCAGCUUUAAAAGUGACACAGUUGUCAAACUCAAGUCAGAUCAAGACGAGGCCAAGCCCGUCGCUGAUGAAAGUAAUCCCAAUGCACCUAUCCGAAGUGAUAGCAUCUGAAUUGAGAUUUACAAAUUUGUCCGUGAUACAUACUUAGAAGAAGUACCUUCGUGAUUUAAGCUCUCGAGUUAUGAUUCCGUCAUCCAUGGAGGAAUGUGCCAAAGAUAACUAGAAGCGCCCCUUGGGGCUUGGUUGUCGUGCCUCCGUUGCAAAUUCUUACUGCUUUAUAACCAUGUUGACACAUACAUAUGUUGUUGCCAUUGUUAUCAUCAAUGUUCUUCCUUGUUUGUCCAACGUUAUGAUUAUACGGUAAUUAACUUUUUCAUCCA